AUGUACCGCGUCGUUGAAGGUGGGACUAAGACCACGUCAAGAGCGCCAACUCCGUUGGUGCAGCAGAUAGUGAGAGGCAAAACAAGGACAAUGCUAGACACGAAUUUUGCGCCACUCCAAGGAGAAUGGCUGGAGGCCGUGGAUGUGGAGGAGUACCUGGAAGAGCGAGGAAUCUAUAUACGCAACGCCGUCUCAAACAGCAUGACAUCAACCGACGAGACCUUUUAUGAAAAAUAUGUCCCAGACAGCGAGCAGAAUACACCUAUGCUCGCUCUGUCAGGUGCUGUACCAGGAAAGAAAUUGGCCUGGACUAUCAACGAUAAUACUCUCUCACAACUAGGCAGCAUGGAGCGACCCCCUUCCGCAUCUUUAUCGGCCGAUUUCCAUGGCCAUGAGCCUUCAGACUAUUCAGUCUUCGGGAUUCCGAGGCCGAGACAAUGGCUGCGUCCUACCAACAGCCAACACCUUCCAACCGUUAUGGCAGGUGUCCUCUCAAGUGACGCAUCGAGUGUCCUGCAGUCGAACUUCAAGUCUCAAAUCGCCCAGGCUCUUACCGAAGCCUCUCGAAUCACUGUCAAUCUUGACAAACUGGUACAUAUACUCGCGGAAAACGCCAUGUGCCUUGGCCCCGUCCCGGGGAUUAGGAAGGCUGCCGUAGAUGCCUCGAUUCGGGGGUCUAUCAUUUUAUCUUGA